AUGCAAACUACAUUUCAGGCCCGCCCGGACAGCCUGGACAACCCGGUAGCCCAGGCCGAGGUGGCGGCCCCGGAAGACCGGGAGAAACUGGAAACCAGGGAAAUGGUGGAAAUCCCGGCACUCCAGGGCCAAGCGGCCAACCUGGGUCACCUGGACGCCGAAGUAGAAGCCUGCCGGGGCCCAAGGGACCCACAGGACCCAUUGGGCCACCAGGAAACCCGGGCCGGCCUGGUACCACCGAUCGGUCGCGGAAUGUGGGUCCGCGCGGCCCGUCCGGCAAUCUCGGAUCACCCGGCCGUCCUGGUGUUCAAGGCAAACCCGGUAACAAUGGGCAAAGCGGGCAGCCAGGCCAAGACGCCAGUUAUUGCCCCUGUCCGGAGCGUACGCUUUCCGGAAAUGAAUUUCAAGAAAACGAGCGGGCCAAAGCUUUCGCGCGAAAAUGGCCCGGAGCUGAAACUCGUGCUCGGUUUUGGGGAA